GAGUGUCCCGUGGCUCGCUUGUGGAUCAGUCACGCUGCAAGGUCCGACACAACUACUUCUCUUUUUUAACUCUGCUUAAAACUAAUUUAAAUUAAUCAUAACCACCAAGAAUUGAUCGCAAUUGGAUCAGAUUCCAUUACACGCGGCUGCGCCGGCAAUCAUCCUCGUUUUUGCAUAAUUGCUUAAGUGACACGCGGCGCCUACCGAAAACGCUUCACAAUAUCGGUUUGUUCCAAUCAGAAGAUAACAACAAAAUUAUAAAGUCUUCGAAAAUCAACAUUAACUUGUGAACAUCUUUUAACUAUUCUUCUGCGGUAAAAUAACUUUUAUAGAAGAAACGAGACAUCUUUUAUUAAAAGAAGACAGUACCCAAGUGACAAUAUUUACAAAACAAUAACGUUGCAUUAAAAGAAAAAAAAAAGGAUUGGAACAUUUUUUACAAUAAGAUCAGUAGCACAUUUUGGUCUUUAAUGUCGCAUGGGCAUUAACUUCUAUCCAAGCUUCACUCUUCAUCAGGGAACCCUCAAAAUCAAGAUUGCAAGUUCUUCCUGGAAAAGAGAAGGAAAGAACACUUGGCGAGUGGAAGAGUUUCGAUAAGUGCAAAGUUCGCGAAACAGUGCAACAUUCCUGUCUGGAAUUCACUUUGCGAGUAGGAGCUUUUGGCAGAGAAAUGGACGGUGGUCCCUUCGACGAUCCGAUAUUCUCGGACUUUGGAGGUCGCAGCGGAAGCGGUGUUCACAGCAUUCAGGUGAUGUUAGGUCUGCAUGGUGGUCAUCAUGGGGGCGAAUUGAUGCCGACCAGCGGACAUCUCCAUAAAUUGGAUUCAUCUAACAGUCCUCCUCCCCAUCAUCAGGCCCCCCAUCAUCAUCUGCAGCAGCAGCAACAGAAGGAAUUAAAGGAACUUGAAUUAUCAGGAAUGUACGCUCCACUUCCUCAGACUCAAGAUGUUACUACUUCUACCUCGAUGACUGCCAGUGCUUCGUCUAAUACUCUUCAGCAAGGUCUGCAACUGGGAAACUCGCUCAAGAGAAAACCGGAUGAUCCUUUGAGCAAUAUUGCUCCCGUUUGCAAUGAAGCACCGCCUACUAAAAAGGACUCCAAAAAGAAGACUGAUAACAAUGGAAUCAAAAAGAAGAAAACGAGAACAACAUUUACGGCGUAUCAAUUGGAAGAAUUAGAAAGGGCUUUCGAAAGAGCUCCUUAUCCUGAUGUAUUUGCUCGGGAAGAACUUGCGUUAAAACUCACCCUAUCGGAAUCUCGGGUUCAAGUUUGGUUCCAAAAUCGUCGAGCUAAAUGGAGAAAGAGGGAACCACCUCGAAAGACUGCUGGCUAUAUGGCAUCUGGAUCUGGCAGCCCUGGUUUAACUGGAUCAUUCACGUCCUUGAACAACACCCUGAAUCCUUUCGGAGCAACUACAACAACAGGAGGGCCGCCUGAUGCCUGGACGUACACCCCAACAGCGUAUGAUCUCGCUCCACAUCUCAACCUUUUGAGUCCUUCAAAUUCGCCCUACUCUACAUCCUUUGGCGGACCCAGUAACAAUGGAUCAGCAUACUCCUACGCCACGAUGUUGCCCCAACACGACUCUUCUAUUUUCUCUACGCCUUCAGGCAAUACAAUGAGAGUUCACCAGGACUAUAUGAACACCAACAGCAGCCCACCGCCUUCUCUUAGUCGUGAUUAUCAGACCAUUGUAACUCACUCUCCGUCAACUCAUCUUACUAGUUCAAUGUCUGAAGACGAGAAUCAGCAUAAUAAACAGCUGGAUUAUGUGAGUGGUCUCAGUCCAGCUGAGAAAUACCAACACGAGCAAGCUGAAUACUCCCAGCAGCAGGAUCAGAAACAAAAUUAUGCAAUGCACUCUCCUCCAGAUCGACAGUGCUUAAAAGACCAAGUGCUGAUUAAAAGUGAGCCUGGUGGUCAGCAGAGUUACGUUCAGUUGCCUCCUUUUCUAAACUGAUUCGAACCCUCGCAUUUUGAUACAUCGUAUAUUGCAGAGACUGGAAAUCGUCCUGAUUUUUGCUUCUAAAGAUUUCCGAUUACGUUGACUUUCAAUCAGGAGGUUAAUGAACAAUUCGCAGUGUUGUACAUCCUAAGUCGGAGAAUAGACUUUGGGAACUGAUCAGGGACAAUUUCGAGUUUUCAUAAAUGUUAUAUUUUCGACGAAAGCAGUCGCAGUCCUGAAACUACUAAGAGAAUUUACAAUAAUAAUACUAAAUUAUAAUAAUAAUAAAUCUAAUUGGAAUACAGUAUAAUACUCGAAGCGGGAUUCGCACACCUCUAUCAGGAAACAAACGUCCAUUAAUAUCUGUUUUGAUCACAUGUUGGACACAACCGUCGAUCACACCUAGUUCCUUAUUCUUUCGUUUAUGUUAAAAAACGACCACUAAAUUUUGUUGCACGUAAUUUGGGAUUUGCGCCUGCUGGUAUGGGUCUGAUAUUACUUGUUCGCAUUGGUAAGCAGUGAAUAUUACUGUGGGUUUACUCGUGAAAAAAAUACGAACAUGAGCCUACAGUAUAGGCAGGUAUAUAGGCCUGUCUUAACCAGCCUUAAACCUACUUUUUCUGGUCCCCAGAAGACUACGGUCCUUUUGUCUCCGCCGGCUAGUCUGUUGAGAGUAAAUAAACAUUAAACUGAGAGUAAGUAAACAUCAACUAAAAGUAAUACAGGUAUAGGUUCAGAGUUAUACCAGAAAAAGACUAAACCAUGUUUAAAACUGUUCUUGAAACGGUAUUAAAGCGGCAUUUCUUUUCACGAAGGUUGGAUGUUUCUGUCACUGUUCUUACAAUUAGCCAACACCUUUGUGCUCACAAGCUGUAAAGACAAAAAAGGCGACUGUUCACGACUGCUACAUAUAUAAUUUUUUUACUGUAUGGUAUCCCUCAGAAAAUUUUUAACCAAAAAUGAACAAAAAUAACUGACCUAAUGCUACUAAUUUAAUCAGGAUAGCUGACAUCGCCGCCGUCAUAUGCCUCCCCAAACUCACUGGCACCCUUAGCGGAUAUAAAUGUCAGUCAACCUCCGAAAAACAGCUGUGUUCGAAAAGUUUCUGUUGAAUUUGCUCGUCCGACGAAACUAUUCUCCGUUUUAAUCAAACAUCGAAAGAAUUUACUUGGUUCUUUUAUCUUUAGUGAGGCGAUUUUUGAUGUAAACAUGUGAGGUGUUGCUGGUUGCAAGCAGACGAUGUCAAGUUACCCAGGCCUUUGAGCUGCACGCUAAUAGUUACCUUGACGACGUGGUUAAACAAAGAAGAAUACCCGAUAUGUUAGGGUAAAUAUUACUCACAUGGGGUCAUUCUUGUUGGAGGUAAUCUUUACCCUGUAAUUCCGGUCAAUAUUAUACUCAAUUUUUUCUUUAAAGUUUUUACUAACUUCAGGCGAAAUUUGAGAUGUAUGUCAUUAUUCUUCGGUUAGUUCCGA